GGUUAAUGUAUCAACUAUCAAAACUCCAGUCCUGCGUCUCAAUUUGCCCUUCUCCCGGCGGCGACUCCAUUUGGUGCGACUUCUUCCCUUCCUCCGACCAGUGUUCACUUCCUGACGCCGGCGACUCUGAUUGGCAUUAGUGGAAUCACUUCAAUGAUUGCUUCCUUCUGGUGAAGAUGAUGAUGGUUUUGGUAAAUCCAUUGCAGGGAUUUAAGCACUGAAAGUUUUAAUUUGUUCGGCAACCUGAGUGGAUCAGUGUUCUCGCAAUGGAAGCCACUGAAAGUUCAGAUGAGACAACUUUGAUUAGAAGUGCAAAGCUUCCUGGAACUGUUAACUGGGGAACAGCAACUGUUAUUGGUGUUUUUGCUGGGAUGUUAUAUGGAGGAAGCAAGGAGGCUUCUUCUUUCGUCAGUAAGGAUGCAGAAGUUAUGUUGAAGCUUGGGAGCACACCAGAUAAGCGUGAGCAGUAUCGAUUGAUGAGAGAUGCCAUGGAGAAGAGGUUUGUGAGCGUAACAAGAGGCUCUCUAGUCGGCGGUGUAAGGCUCGGAAUGUUCACCGCUGCAUUUUAUGGCUUACAAAAUCUUCUGACGGAGAAACGUGGUGUGACCGAUGUAUACAACACUGUCGUAGCUGGUUCGAGCACUGCAGCAGCAUUCGGUCUCAUAUUACCCGGAUCACUUUCGUGGAGACUGAGGAAUGUGGCGAUGGGAUCGGUUCUUGGUGCUGCAGUUUGUUUUCCUCUAGGUUGGCUUCAUUUGAAGCUGGUAGAGAAAGCCAACGAAGGGAUAAUAACUGUUCAUCAUGGCGAUCAGCAGCAGGAUUAGUUUCAGGGCUGCAAUUGAGAGUCACAGUGAUGAGGAUAAUAUUCUUUUGACGAUGAGGGUAAUCCAAUCCAAAGACAUAUAUAUGCACAAAUAUAUGUUCUUCAUCUUUCAUAUAAUAAGAAGGUAUUGAUUGCAAAAUAACCAAUGUUAGCAACAAUGAAACUACCAUUUACUUAUUUGUUACAUGUUUGCUUUGUUGG